UUUUCCUUCUUCAGGCAACCCAUAGAGGUAGAAGUCAGCCAGGACGGCUUGAAUCUGAACGAGCGACUGUAGCAGGACUCCGAGCAUGGAGCCUAUAACGUCGUGGAGCGAGGAGAGAGUCGGCGAGUGGCUCAAAGGCCUGGAUGCCCCCCUGCAUCAGUACCCGGUCUCAGAGUGGCAUUUAUCGGGUCUCGAUCUGCUCCAGCUGACCUCUCAGGACCUGGAAAAGUUGGGAGUAAAUAAGAUUGGACACCAGGAGCUCAUACUGGAGGCUGUGGAGAAACUCUGCUCUCUGUGUGUGUUUGGUGUGUGUGUGUGGGUUUUCCAGACUUAUGGUAUAGGUGGUGAGAACCUGCGCAGUUUGACAGAGAAGCUGCGUGCCGUUGCCCACACCCUCCAGAUGGGCAUCCAGGGCCGCUGGCGCCUCAACAGCUACGAUGGACACAGCGCCAGCAAGCUGCCUGCUGGCGUUCUGCAGACUGUAGUGGAGCUCAUCGCCUCUGCCAAAGGACUCUUCUCUUUGCUCAACAGGUAUCAGUUUUCCCAGCUCAGUGGAUACACUGCCAGCAAGAACAUAUUCACCUACUGCAGAGAGCUAGGAGACAUUGUCCACAAGGAUACCACUGUCUAUGAAAAGGAAAAGGACAUCAUAUCGGUCUGCCGUCACUUGGUGUCUGUGUGUGAUGAGAUCCUAAAUUCCAGCCCUGAUGUGCUUCUUAGCCACACUGCUCAGCUUGAGAGUUUCGACCUAGUGCCUGUGUCACCUGGUGAUCAGCUGGGGAUUGAGAUAACGUCCACCGGCUCCAUUAACCACUAUGUGACGGGAACUGCUGCUGAGCCUUCAAAUGAUGCCUAUGUAAAGAUAUUGGCUGGUGAUGAAGUGAUUCAAGUCAACGACCAGAUAGUGGUGGGCUGGAGCAGAGCUAACCUUGUAAAAAAGCUGCAGGAGAAUCCCAGCGGAGUGACUUUGGUCCUGAAGAAGAUUCCUGAGUCAGUGCGACGCAGAAACCCAGUCCAGCUCUCCUCCACACAGAAGGAGGAAGAGGAGAAAGAAGAGAGGUCCGAGGAGGAGGAAGAGGACGAGGAGGGGAAUCCGAGACACUCCAUAUUUGAGAGGGUAGCAGCCUCUGUCAGGUCCCUGUCUUUUAGGAAAGCCAUUCACAGUGAAGAGGUACAUCAGCAGCCUAUGGGACAAGAGGAAUCAGAGUUGUCCUCUGAUAGGGAGCUGGAAGGGAGUCCAUCUCUCACUUCAUAUCAAAGCCAACGGGGGGGGCUAUCACUACUGUCAGCCUCAGGGGAGUUUGAGAGUUUGGAAAGUUCAAGACUCUCCCCCGGACUAAGACACGACCUGUCUCCGUCACCCAGAAGUCUUUCUCCCUUUGGAUUUGGGUCAUUCAGAAGUCCUUCACCUCAGGGAGUGGACCAGGACACAGCUAGCAUAACUUCCUGCCCUGAAAUGGUGGGACACAGGGGCAAUAAGGAGACACAGAAGAGCUCUACAAAAGGAAUGUCGACAGCUAUGAGUCGGCGCCGUGUGUCCUGCCGCGAGCUGGGUCGACCCGACUUCGACGGUUGGCUGUGGAAGAAGAGAAAGGAGAGCAGUGUCUUCCUUGCCCAGAAGUGGCAGCGCUUCUGGUUCGUCCUAAAGGGGCCUUCCCUUUAUUGGUACACCAGCCCACAGGAUGAGAAGGCAGAGGGUUUCGUCAAUAUAGCCAGCUACAACAUAGAGAGCGCUGGAGAGCACAAGAGAAAAUACGUGUUUAAAAUGUGCCACCCGCGAUUUCACAACUUCUUCUUUGCGGCAGAAAAUGUCAGUGACAUGAGCAAGUGGAUUAACUGUCUGAUCCCAGCCAUACAGAAGCACAAGAAGUUCCACACAGGCCCAGAUAACGAAGAAGAAUGUUACAGUGAGACUGAGUCAGAAAGCGAGAGAUCACCUUCACCCCGCAGAAGAAAUAAGGUUGCCACAGUAAGAAAAGUGCAGUCCCACACUCUGCCUCGCCCCAAGGGGAAGACAAGGGUGCCAAUAUCGAAUACUGUGACAGGGGGCAGCAAAGCAACAGAAGGAGGACCGGUGGAUGAGAUGGGCAUGAUGUUAAACAACAUAAAGGAAGGAGGGGUCUCUCUGAUUGGCCACGAUCAGCCGUUUACACACGACCACUUCAGGAAAUCGUUCAUUCGACGCAACAAGAACCCCAUCAUCAAUGAGAAGGCGCACACGCUCCGGGCCCUGCAGAGCACCCUUAAGGCCAAAGAGUUGGAGCUGCUGCAGAUCAACAAGAUCUUAGAGGACUCCGAUCUGUCAGCUUCAAAGUAUCGUCAGUGGAAGAAGCAAAACGAGGAGCUAGUUCAAGAAAUAGAGAAACUGGCGACACUCAAGACAUCUAAAGGAGUGGACGACGUGGCGGUGCAGGACAAGCCCGCUAAGGAGGUUGCCUUGGAAACUGUCGCCAAGAAAACAGCCACCUCAGAGACAGAAGGCGCAUACAGACUGAGCCUUAGCGACGGGGAGCAGUUAGUGGACGCGGAGCCGUCUGAUGUUCUCCUGGAGAUCCCACCGGGUUCUCCGGGCAACAGUCCAUUGUUAGAACUCUCUCUGGGGUCGCUCCAGGAUUCAAUAAAUAAACAGCUGAGUGAAAUGGCGGAGACCGGAGAAGCCGUCGAGAACUACUUCUACAUUUAAGAGAACGGUGAAACAGUUGCUCUGUUUACUAGGAUCAUGCAAAUGGAGGCGUCGGUGGUGCAUUUCACCAUGUCCUCUGCUGACAUUCAACAGAAAGGAUUAGAUCAAACUGCCAUAUAAUCAGCACUUUAAUCAAAUAUGUCAGUGAAAGGCAUCAGUGCAGAUUUAGACCUAGAUUUGGUCACAACAAACAAAUAUGACAAGUUUACAACAGAGAAACGAACAAUUUGCCAAGUGUCUAUCACAGUUCAGUCUGCAUUUAUGCGAUUCUAAGGUUGUCUCGUUCUUCUAAUAAUAGAAAGUAGAACUUUUCUUAGAAUUCACUGAGAAUUUGUAAUAUAAGUCAUGCCUCUUGUAAUGUGAUAUGUAAAUACAGUUUACUAUAAAUACUGUAUGUAUUUGUUUAUUGACAUUACCUUAAUACAAGGUAUACAUUUGAAAUAUUUUGCACUGAAAAUGUGCUUCAGAAACAUUGUUGUAGCCCCUUGUUUGUCAAGGUGAUGUCCUUUAUUUGUACAUGUUUUAUCCUUCUUGCCCCUGUGGAGAACACUGCGUAAUUAACCACAUAUAGAGCUGUAUGACAGUUCUGGCUCUGUGUCCCUUUAUUUCCCAAGGCUGCCAUGAAUGCAGCAAGACAAGUGAAGACCUCUCAAAUGCUGAGACCCUUUCACUGUACUGUAACAUUGAUCAGCUUAAUAAAAAGGGAGCGUGAUGAUCACUGAAA